CGUCAAACCCUCUCCCUUUCUCUCUCUCCUGCCUCAAUUCCAAAAUCGCAAACCCUAACCCUUGAAAGAAUUUCACAUGAAAUUGAUAAACACUGGGGUUAUCUUCUCUGUCGAGAGCCUUUGGGACGAUAUUUGAUGACUUACAAUUUCCGUCACCAAAAGCCAUAGCAAUACUAUUUUUCACAGAAUUCCGUAGAAGACCGCCCAGAUUCCACCAUGGACGGCUCUGUGGUGGAGGAUCUUGGGGCCCCGGAGUCAUGGGAGGUGGCCGAUUUGGAUGCCACUAUGAACCGUUUGAUGCUUUCCUCGAAGAAGGAAUCUAAACAAGUGUUCGAUGAUGCUCGGUCUUCAGUUGCAGCUUCGGCUCCUUCUGCAUCGUCUGAGAAGGUUAUGUCCGAGGAUUUGAUCAAUCAGGUUGAUCAAUUUCUCCGCGAGGCUAUCCAAAAUCCCCGUGAGCGCCUUUCUGUUCUACGGAUGGAGCAAGAUGUUGAAAAGUUCAUCCGUGAUCCCACUCAGCAACAAUUAGAGUUUCAGCAACUGCCUACUUCCUAUUUAAGGCUGGCUGCACACCGUGUGGCACAGCAUUACUCCUUGCAGUCCAUGGUUUUACUAGACAACAAUUUACCUGAUGGUUCUGGUUCUAGAAUCAUUGUCCGCAAGACUCCUGAGUGUAGGUUUCCUCCAAUUCGCCUUGCAGAGAUUCCUGUAAAUUUACCAACAGAAGACAGUGGUGUUGGUAAAGUGGCAAUUAAGCAGAGGCCGCAGAAACAUUCACAGAUUGCUAGCAACUCGAAUACUAAUUCUCCGAAAACAAACAGCGCUAGAAGUGUAGAAGAAAGAAAAGAGGAGUAUAAUAGAGCUCGAGCAAGGAUAUUUAACUCUAAUAGUUCUAGCAGUGUUAGUGGUGGAAAGCCAGAGAAUGAACAAAGACUACAGGAUGGUUCCUAUCAUGGUUCCUCUGGGAUGUCAAAGAUGGAAGAGAAACCUGUUUCUGGAGUUUCUGAGGUAAAUUCUGGUAGAAGCUCAAAUGAUUCCUCCAUGAAUAACAGUAGGUCAGCUAGAAGUAAGUUGGAAAAGGAGCCAGCUGGUAGGCACAGAGCAAAUAAUAGGGUGGCAAUCUUUCGUGACCGUGAAACUGAGCGCAAAGACCCUGAUUAUGACAGAAGUUAUGAUAGGUACAUGCAAAGAUUUGAUCCUGGGUUUGGGUUCAACAGUGGACCAUACACACUGCAACCUAUGUACACUCCUGCAUUGAACUAUAACACUGAAUUUCCGCAACUUGGAUCUACUCAUCGGCCUCAAUUAUCUACUGAACAUCAGCCUCGUCCUCUCCCUCAGCAUAUACCUGGACUUUGGGCUGCACCAUCAACCCCACCAGGAAUCAGUUAUGGUCAUCCAGAAACAAUGAUGCCACCUUUCAAUCCAAAUCAUGCAGGUGUGCGCUCUACAUCGGCCAUAUAUUUGCAUUCAACACAGUAUCCUUGCCAGCAUCCUUCAAUGCCUUUUAUCCACCCUGCAGAGCACAUUCACCAACCUUUCUCACAGUCUCAUCAACUGCAACCUGAUGCAAGUUUUGGAUUAGCCCGGCCCCGGUGAGGGGCUUGGGCCAUGCCUGCACCCUGCCUGCUAGAAAAAUCAUUUUGAGACAUCAUCAGCUCAUAAGCUCAGGCUUGAUGUAUAAAUGGGCAGGAGUGCAGGCAUGGAGAACCGAGGUGGACUGGAGUGUUGUGCUGCAGUUAUGAGUAUGUGCUUUGAUUUAUUCCACCAGUCUCGGUUUCUCUUUGGAGCUUCUUCAAUCUUAUGGGUGAAGGAUAGAGAAGCUCUCUUCUGUGUUUGGCAGAUCGAUUGCCAUUGAUGAUGAUGAGCAGAUGUCGGAUCAGAACCUGUUGGAGGCUAAGGCUGUAAACACGCUUUUACAGUGUAGUGUUGAGGAGCCAAGUGGAAUAUGGAUGGUGGAUAUUUUCCAAAAACUGGGCUCUAGGCAAAUUAAAUUUGGCUUGCUGGAGCUUCAGAGGUCCAGCUCUGAUCAUGACUGAUGACUAUGCUUCACUACAAAAUUUGUCUGUUGAAAUAAUAAUGUACCAUAUGGGUAUUUGAUUUAGUCUAAUAUCGAACUUCUCGACUGCUUUCUGCUUGUUCAUACAAAUAUUUACAACUAACCAUCUGAAAACCUGUAGACCCUGAUUCGUGGUUGCUAUAAUGAUGGAUUUGUUCUUUGUUGAGAGGAAAAACUAGAGAUGCAUGAAAUAUAGCUUUGGCAUAGGU